AUCCAGCUGCUCAAAGCAAGUUUUUCCACUGCUUGGGGAUCUUUGAGUCACCAUCUUUUCAUAUUCACUUUCAUGCUCGCAUCCAAGGUCAUCUGUAACAACACUUACUCCAACAAAUCCUGGAGUAUUGUAGCCCAGGGUAUGUUCCAAUUGCAAGAAAUCAAUCAGAUGGCUUGGGAAAUCAAUCAGAUGGAGGACAAGAUAUAUCAGUAUCUGGAGUGGAAACUCAAUGUGGAUCUGGUAAGUUUA